AUUUACCCUUUUGUCCUCGUUUCCUUUCUCUCCAUCUUCCCCGAAUAGAAGCGCCCGACACUGGCACCGCUGCUUAGCUCUCCCUCGGCCCCUCGGCCUCCUCCUCCGAAUCUCGCCGGAUUCUGCCGCCUCGCCGCGCGAUUCCGCCCCCGAGCACGCCGCCAGGUCCGGCCAGUGCCAGCUCGCGCUUCGCCUCCUUUGGUGGUGCUAGGACCCAUGGACUACAGGCCCUCCGACAGCAGCGGAACUGAUGAUGAUCUUCCACCACCAUAUCCGAAUAAUAGGGGUAUGAGAGGCAGUGGACGUGUCAGUGGUAAUGGAAGAUCUAUUGUCCCUGCCAGUUCAUAUGUUAGGGCACCGACAGAUAUGGAAGCACAAAUUCAUCAUCUUGAGCAAGAAGCAUACUGUUCAAUUCUUCGUGCAUUUAAAGCCCAAUCUGAUGCUAUUACAUGGGAGAAGGAAGGUCUCAUAACCGAACUUAGGAAGGAGCUAAGGGUAUCUGAUAAAGCACACAGGGAGCUAUUAAACAGGGUCAACAACGAUGAUAUUAUCCGCAGCAUAAGGGAAUGGAGAUCAAUGGGUGGGCUUCAGGCAACCUUGCCCAAUAAUCCUCAGCCAAUACAUGACCCUGUGCCCAGUCCUACCACAUCUGCUCGUAAGAGGCAAAAGACAUCUCAAUCUGUUCCUGCUUUACCUGCACCGUCUCCUGCGAUGCAUUCACAGCAGCUGGCUGCACCAAUACAACCAUCGUCUUCAACAGCUAGAAAAGGAGUUCCACCAGGCCAUAAAGGCAAAAAAACAAAACCAGGUCAGAAGAUACCAGGUGGCUCUGCAGUCAAGUCCAUGCCAUCUUCAGCAGGUCCUAGCGGAAGAGGACCACAUAUGAAUAGAAAUUUUCCUGGUGGUCCUGCUGAACUUUCUCAAGCACAGAGUGUCGACCCAUUAAUUGGUCGUAAAGUCAUGAGUCGGUGGCCUGAAGAUAAUAGUUUCUAUGAAGCAGUUAUAUCUGAUUAUAAUGCCGAAACGGGUCUUUAUGCGCUGGUUUAUGACAUGAAUACGGCAAACGAGACCUGGGAAUGGGUUGAUCUCAAAGAGAUGGGACCCGAAGACAUAAGAUGGCAAGAGGACGACUCUGGUAUAGACCCUGUGACAUAUCUGCGAAGCCUAGGUGCUCCAAGUAGUGGGGGUAGGAAGUCAACAAGCCGUGGUGGGCCCAUGCCAGGUCCAGGCAGAGGAAGAGGAUUCCAAAAGAAUAUAUCCAAGCCAUCUCCCCAAAAUGGUGUUGGGAAGAGAAGUUCGGAUGACAUUGAUAUCCUUCAUACUGAGAGCCUUGUAAAAGAGGUGGAGAAAGUUUUUAGCGUUAGCAAUCCUGAUCCACUGGAAGUGGAGAAGGCAAAGAAAGCACUGAAGGAGCAAGAACAGUCGCUGAUUGAUGCAAUAGCAAGGCUUGCUGAGGCAUCAGAUGGUGAAAGUGAUGGGCACAACCGCGGACGAAGGAACGCGCUGUAUGCUCAAGCAAACUAUAAUGAUUCCAUGCCCGUUUAUGGUGACCAAGCUGAUGUCAUGUAAACAUUGCUGCAAGAUGUAUACAGAAGAAAACUGUCUGUUGUAAAAUUCAUUGCUAAUAUUUAUUCCAGAUUUAGGUCCCUGUUAAGUACUUUUCGUUUGGAGAAUCUUUUUUCUUUGGUAGAAUUUCAAUUCAGCAUGCUGACAUGUAAAGUUUCUAGA